CCAAGGUGGUACGAACGCACGCAAAGUACACUGCGACUUUGGACUACCUACCCUAACCGGCCGGCGAGAGAUCAAGUCCAGACUCAAGAGCCAUGAGCAAGAGAGGCAGGGAUGUGUGGGACAUGGAGCUUGGAGGCCUGGACACGGCCCGCCUGCUCAUGCUCCUCGCGCAGCAGCACCAGCAGCAUCAACACCAGCGCGCCGUCGCCGGGGCGGCGCAGGCGAUGGGCGGCGGGCGCGUGUUCGAGUGCAAGACGUGCAACCGGCAGUUCCCCACGUUCCAGGCGCUCGGAGGGCACCGCGCCAGCCACAAGCGACCCAGGCUUCAACAGCACCCGCAGAAGCCGCACGCGAUCGACAGCAUCGACGACGGCGCGGCGCUCUGCCUCGGCCGCCGGGCGCCCCAGGCGCCGCCGCUGCCGGCCAAGCCGAGGGCGCACGAGUGCCCCGUCUGCGGGCUCGAGUUCGCCGUCGGCCAGGCGCUGGGCGGGCACAUGCGCCGGCACCGCGUCGAGGCCGAGGCCGCCACCAACGCCCCUAGCGGCAAGGCGGCGGAGCCCGAGAUGGUGGUCGCCUCGUGCGACGCCGGCGGGAUCUGCCUGGACCUGAACCUGACGCCGUCGGAGAACUGCACCAAGUGCAGGAGCGCGGCGGGGCUCAGCGCCGCUGCCAGGCAGGGCGUACACAAGGCGCUCGCCAUGUUAGACUGCUCCCUCUGAUCAUUCCGAUCGCUGGACCACUCCAUGCAUGGUGGUGGCUGCUGAUUGCUUUCCUGCUAAACUGUUCUAUUGGUUUGUUUAUUUAUACUUUACUUUACACCUUUCACAUUUUUUUUGUAAAUUUUUAGAUGUAAAUGUUCAUAGGCUGGUGCGCCGGCGUAGUUCUGAAACAGAUCAAACAUGAACUUUUGCAUUUCCUUGCUGUAAAUAAUACCUCAUGAAAUUUACCACUUAUGGUCGCCCUUUUGAAGCAUUGCAUGUUGAAAACGUG